AUGGCUUUGAAGGCCACUACUGCAUGCACUUAUGUUGUUGCUCUACUCCUUUGUCUCAACAUGCUUCCUGUACCAUAUAUACUGAGCUCCACAUACAUCCCUGUAGUCCCAGACCCAUUAGUGCCCUAUCAAAAGGGUACAUGUCCUAUAGAUGCAGUUAAGUUGGGGAUGUUGUUGAACAUGGUCAAUGUUAAAUUGGGGUCACUACCAACCCUCCCAUGCUGCAGCCUCAUUAAGGAUCUGGCUGAUCUUGAAGUUGAUGCUGUUAGAUAA